AUGGACGACGACGAAAAGCUAGUGGACCAAAUCACCGGCGACUUCGACGAAGGCUACUACGGCAACUACGGCUUCAUGGGCCAGUACCACGAGCCGUCGGACGGCGCCUGCGUCCGCAAGGACGCCGCCGCCGCGACGCCCAAGAAGUGCGUCCGCAAGGGCGACGUGAUAUGCUACAUCAAAAGCGAAAACAUCAAAACGGUGACGGCCGGCGGGCCCCCCAAAAGCGCCGCCGCCGAAUCGGUGGGCUCCGAGUCCAAGAGCCGCUCCUCCACCGACACCACCGAUCAAUCCGGCGAAUCCCUCUACAAGACGUUCAUAUUCGAGGAGAGCGUGAACGAAAACGACACGCAGAAGUGCAUCGCCUUCUGGAAGAGCGUGAUGGAGAAGAAUCUGGAGCCCAUCAAAUGCACCAUCAUAGAAAACCGGCGGAAGCGCGAGAAGAAACCCGCCAUCGAAGAAACUAAAACUCUAUCGGUCGAAGAACCUCCCGAUGUGAACGCUCUAAUUAAAGAAGCCACCGACAAAGUCCACGCCGAGUACAAGACCUUGUGGUUGGCCGCCCUGAAGGAGAUCAAAGACAAGAAGCUGGACAAAGUGAAAUUGGUCGCCCAAGCUCGUUGCAAAUUGUGCGAAAGCAUGGAAAUCCCGAUGGAAGAAUACAGCACCGACAUCGACGCAGCCACCGCCAAAGAAGAGGUAAAAGCGCUGAACAAGUGGGAAUCGGUUUCGAAGCGAGCCAAACGCGGCGAUAAGAAAGGAAGCAAAGAAGUGGAUUGGGCGUUGAGACAGAAGGAAAAAGAACAAGUCCAGUAUAGAUUCGUGAAUGUCAUCGAAGAGAAGAAGAAAUCGGGCGCUUACAAAAUGUGGAGGAGCAACUUGGUGAAGCCGCCUUGCAGGUGCGGCAAGAAGAAUUGCGAAUGCAACACCAAUCCCGCCAUAAUAUGCAUGCGAACGCCCUUAGCCUCUCGAAUCGAGCGACGCUCCGAACCGAUACCGGUCCCCAAACCGGCCGUCCAGCGAACAUCGCACGCCGAAUCCAUUUCGAGCUCGCGCAGACCGUCCGAAGUCUGCGAGAGACGGUCGUUGAAGAAGCCCUCCGUGCAAUCCACGCCGAUUCCGCCGCUUCCGAAGGUUCCUUCGCCGCUUCCGGCGCCGCCGCCGCCGGCGCUUCAACCGGACAGGUCCUUCGUCGACGAGCACACGCAAACGCAGGAGCGACCGUCGGUGAAAUCGACGCCGGAGCGCGUCGCGGAGCCGCUCAAAGUGGACCGAGGCCACCAGACCGAAGAGCAAAUCGUGCGUGUGCGAACGUCCGAUAAAUCGGUCAACGCCACCGGUUCCAGCACCGGCCGCGUGGAAGAGGACGAAUCGAAGGAGACGCACGAAGACGAGUCCAACGCUUCGACGGCUUCGACCGUCAACGUUCGAAUGGCCACGCCGUUCUUGCACGAUCUCACCAAGAGCAUUAUAUCGGAGAUAUCCUCGUUGAAUCUGCCGUUCGUCGACGUUUCCACGUUCCUGAAGAUGCCCAGCGAGCAGCAACUGGAGGCCGUGUCGGCGCUGGUGUUGACUCGAGCCUACGGGCACGAUCUCAGCGAGAUGCAAUUGAGAGAUAUAUCGCAAGUCAUACUCGAUCACGUGUUGGAUAUGAACGAAACGCGAUCCGAAGGCGGCAGAGACAUCGAAGAGGACGAAGGUGAAGCGGAACAGUCGGCGGUUCCGCCUCGCGAAAAAUCCCCGGCGGAUUCCAAAGGUGCCGUGGGGACGCGAGCGUCGAAACAGUCGAGUUCCGGUCCUGCUGCGAGCCAACAAAGCGGUUCAGUUCGCGCAAGCAGAACGGCAUCGGAGCCGAUUUCCGCGCCGGCGGUACCCAGAGCAUCCGAACCGAGAAGCAGCGUUCUGAAGGCCCCGACAGCGGAUCUAUCGCAAGCACCAGGACCGGCGGAAGCGUCGCCGAAACCGACUCCUGUACAGCCGUUUGUCGCUCCUGCUGCGGGUCCGCCGCGCUCGUCCAUACUCGCCGAUCUCGAAGAGUUGACUCCUCGAGGUUCGGCGGUGAUGGAGAGACAGGUGUCGCUGUUGUUGCCCGACGGCGAGGUGGAGGUGAUUCAGAGGACGUCGCGCGUUGACGUGGGGGACACGACGUGGGAGAAGCCGACGGUGCCGCGUACGAGGGUGCCGGCGGCCGAGAGGAAGGGCUCCGUGGAGGCGUUGAAGUUUAAGAAGAUGCAGACGUCGAAGGUGAACGCCGGGGAAGAGAACGCCGUUGGGGAUCAAAUCGUUCACGUGUUUUCCACGCAAGGUCAAAACGAACCCGCCGCGCCGGCCCCGACCGACGAAGACGACGAAGACGACGACGAUGAAGAAGAAUACGCACCGACGAAGGAGGAAAAGCCCGAGCCGCAGGCGUCGAGCCGGGAAAAACUGCUGGCCGUGGUGGACAUCGAAAGCGAAGAGCCGCUACCGAAGCCCGCGGCCAAAAAAUCCACCACCUUCCUGAACGAGAAGGAACUGGACGACGACUACGAGGAGACCUUCAACCCCAACCGAGUGCGAGACUCGAUAUACGUGAGCAAAGAGCGCUUGGAGAAGCUGAAGGACAAGGACGAAUCGGCGUUGGAAGACGAAAUCGACAUGGGCGAUCUCUUCAAAGCGGUCACGCUGGAAGAUUCGUAUCUCGUGAAUAAAAGACGCUUGGACCGCAAGGCCAGAGACUCGAUUUUCGUCACCAAAGAGCGCCUGAUGAGCAAGAAGAAAAGCGCGCGAAAAUCGAUCGACGUCGGCUUGGAGCAGUUCCGGCUGAAGUUGCGCCAGGCCAAGGAAAAGCGCCAAUCGGAGGCGAACAAAAGCGCCGACGCGGCGUCGAGGAAACACCACAAACAGCACGCGAAGCGCCCCAAAGACUCGAUUUUCGUCACCAAGGAGCGAGAGGCCAAGCACAAGCUCGACAUGGACGAGAAAGAAAGCGAUUUCGAACAGCACGAACCCCAACGGAUCCACAUCCAAGACGCGCCCAGCAUCACCUACGUCCAAAGCGACAGAAAAACCGCCCUGCCCAAGGACUCCAUGUACAUAAACAAAGCGCACGUCAUGAAGCACAAACUCGAACACGGCGAAAUCGACAGCAUCGCCGAAGCCUCGACCAGCGAUCGACAGGUCCACGUGCUGAUCCCCGACGACCGACAGCGCCAGAUCGGCGCCGAGAAAUCGAUACUCAAACACCACACGAAGCUGAUCGCCACCAAGGACUCGGUGUUCGUGACCAAGCAGCGGGUGCUGCAGCACCGGCGCGACAUGCGGGAGUCGCUGGACGAGGCGGAGCCCGUGUUGCGGCUGUCGAAGGCGCCGCGCGCUCGCACCCCGUCGGGGUCGCUGUCGAGGAGGGCGCGCGGCCCGACGGCGGAGCCGCGGGGCUCGUACGUGCCGCCCAAUUCGCCGGACGCGUCGCGGGCGGCGCUGCAGGAGGCCGCCAAGAAGGAGGCCAACUCGUCGCGGGAGCUGCACGAAACAGAUUACGAAAGUUUGGUGGAAAGAGCGCCGGAAAGCAAAUUGGCGGCGUUCGGCUCGAACAAGGCACCGUGCGAGGUGUGUUUAUGCAAAAAGUGCCGUUGCAAGGCCGGCUCGAAGAUCAAACGGACCGGCGCUAAAGGGAGGAAAUUCGCGCCGGCUUGUCCGUUUGCCGGCCGAUCAAAGAAAUCGAAGAAACACGGGGUCGCGCAGUUUGUGGAAUUCGGAUCGGAAUUCGUUUCUGUAAAGCUCAGCAACGUCACCGAAAAAACGUCGCCGUACGGUUAA